AAUCUGUGCUCUGUUAACUCUGAAUGUAGGGUAAAUUAGCUAUUGCACACAUAUGUGGCCAUAAUAUUUGUCUUGUGUAUAUAUAUACAUAUUUUGUUUGUGGUAAACCACCUCGUCUUUUAUUAAAGAGGUAAUGUAGGCGGUAUUAAUAAGAAGAGAGUAGCUUCGCGUUUCACAUCCCAUACAUUUUACAGGGUGUCACCAUCUUAAAGGAUGUUUCCUAUUGCCCAGUUACUCUGGACGAAGGCGGGGGCAAUGCUUUUCGGCUUUUCUGAUUGGACAGAUUACCUGCCCAUCAGGAAUCUUUAGAUUACGGCCAUCUGACAGCGGUACUGCAGGGAGCCGACAGGAGCCUCUCCCGCUCAACAAAUUUUCACGUAAUAUUUUUUCCCAUAAUGACAUUUUCUUUGUUUGAUUACGUUUCUUCAAGACGCCUAUGAAGACGCGGUUAAAUGCAGUUCACUGACUGAGGGGAUUAUCCUCUUAAAAGAUCUCACAAUAGACUGCCUCUUAAUUAAUCCUCACCAUGGCGACGGUUGUGAUGGAGCAGAUUGGGCGGCUGUUCAUCAACGCACAGCAGCUUCGCCAAAUCCCCCGUUUCCUGGAGUCAGCCUUCCCUAAACUGCCUUGCACUGUGAUGGUGAGCGAUGUGCCGUGGGUUUUCCGUGAGUCGCACAUAAUCACAGGCUACAGGCCGCCUGACCAGAACUGGCGCUACUACUUCCUCACCCUGUUCCAGAGGCAUAAUGAGUCUGUAAAUGUCUGGACACACCUGUUGGCGUCCCUCAUUAUCCUAGUCAAGUUUCAGGAGCUGUCCGAAACCGUGGACUUCCUGCGAGACCCACACGCCCAGCCGCUGUUCAUCCUGCUCCUAGCCGCAUUCACCUACUUAGGGUGCAGCGCUCUUGCCCAUUUGCUCUCGGCCAAGUCUGAGCUCUCCCACUACACCUUUUAUUUUUUGGACUACGUUGGCGUAGCCGUAUACCAGUAUGGCAGCGCCCUGGCCCAUUUCUAUUAUGUCAUAGCAGAAGAAUGGCACGCUCAAGUGCGAAGCUUUUUCUUGCCAGCUGCGGCCUUCCUGGCCUGGCUGUCCUGUACAGGCUGCUGCUACGGCAAGUACGCCAGCCCGAGUUUGCCCAAAUUCGUUCACAAGCUAUUCCAAGUGGUUCCCUCGGGCCUGGCCUACUGUUUAGAUAUCAGCCCAGUGUUCCAUCGCAUCUAUAAAUGCUACAGCUCCGAACAAGGCUGUGCCGACCAGGCGGUGGUGUACCACUGCUACCAGGUCGUCUUCUUUUUAAUCAGCGCCUACUUCUUCUCGUACCCCCAUCCUGAGCGCUGGUUCCCAGGACGUUGCGACUUCAUCGGGCAGGGCCAUCAGAUCUUCCACGUGUUCCUUGUGCUCUGCACUCUAGUUCAGAUCGAAGCCGUGCGACUGGAUUACAGCGAGAGGAAACCUCUCUAUGAAAGUCUCCAUGGAGACUUGGCUCAUGAUGCAGUGGCUCUUUUUAUCUUCACAGCGUGUUGCAGCGCACUCACUGCGUUCUAUGUGCGCAAACGGGUGAAGGCGUAUCUAGAAGAGAAGCAGGAGUAGAUGUCAUGGCAGGGAUCUUGCUUGCACAUGUAGGAAGGAUUGCACUGGUCUACAACAACUGAAGCAACUAAUCUUGUUAUUUUUUAGUGUAUCUUAUAUUUGUCGUUAAUGGUUUUAUGUGGCCUGCCAAUGCAUUUUGAACCAACUGCUUUCUGUUUACUAAACUGGUGACAUGCUUUAAAACCACAUUACUUAUGGAGAAUGGCUCUAAAACAACGGAUUGCCUGCUGAAAGGUGCUGAUCUGUUUGACGAGUGCCAUUACAACCUAUUAAACCUGGUUAAUGUGAGAUCUGUGAAGGAAUGUCAGCAUUUUUGCUGACAGGUUAGUUUGCAUACAGGAUAGACUGGAUCACUGGAAAUGUUCAUACGUGCAUUGUGCCUCUAAAUCCAACCUCAUUUUGGUGCAUUUUGCCGCUUUUAAAUACGUUAAUCAUAUGUCAUUUACACAUUUGCCAUGCAUACAGUUGAGGUCAAAAGUUUACACCCCUCUUUCAGAAUCAUUAUAAAUGUUCAUUAUUUUACCAAAAUAAGAUGUAUGUUAUUGUUUAUUUAGUACUGACCUGAAUAAGAUAUUUCACAUAAACAAUCUUUACAUAUAGUCCACUAGAGAAAAUAAUAGUUCAAAAGUUUACAUCCCCUUGAUCCACAGCUGUGUUUUUUUUGUUUAGCGAUAGUUGUUUAUGAGUCCCUUGUUUGUCCUGAACAGUUAAACUGCUUGCUGUUCUUCUUUUCUGUUGGUUUUCCAGCAUUUUUGUGUAUUUGAACCCUUUCCAUCAAUGAUUAUAUGAUUUUGAGAUCCAUCUUUUUACACUGAGGACAACUGAGGGACUCAGAGGGUUGAAAACUUUUGAACAGAAUGGAGAUGUGUAUAUUUUUCUUAUUUUGCCUAAAUAUUAUACGUUUUCAUUUAGUACUGCCCUUCAGAGGCUACAGAAGAUGCUUACAUGUUUCCCAGAAAACAAAAUAAGUUCAAUUUACCCUGAUCUUCAAAUCUGAAAAGUUUUCAUCCUGUGGAUCAUUCAGGUAACAACACAGUGUUAAGAAUCAAGAGUAUGUAAACUUUUGAAUAGGGUUAUUUUUAUAAAUUCAACUAUUAUUUUCUCUUGUGGACUGUGUAAACAUCUUUUAUGUGAUAUAUCUUAUUCAGGUCAGUACUAAAUAAGCUAUAACAUGCAUUUUGUACGAUCCCUCUUAUUUUGGUAAAAUAAUUAACAUUUUUCAUGAUUCCGAAAGGAGGAUGUAAACUUUUGACCUCAACUGUAUAUUGCAUUCAAUAUAUGUAGUACACUAAAUAUAUUUUUUCCUGUAUUGCCCAGGAAUCAAACCCAUGAUCUUGGUGUUGCUAGCACUGUGUGCUAUGGUUAGAACUACACAAUAAAAUAAAAUAUCAGUAACUUCCCAUUAGAUCAGUGCAGUUAGUGAAAUGUGAAGCUUGGAUGAACUCACAGGUCUUUUAAAUCAUGACGUUAUGACAUUAUUAUCAUGACAUGAAAUAAUGCAAAGAUCUUAAGGAAUACCUUACUAAGAGAUGACUGAUUAAUAAUCUUUUUUUUUAUGAAUCACAUCAAAUUCACCCCCUAUAGUGGUUUUUAGACAGCAGUUUUCUGUUUUGGCUACUAUUGCCUCAGUAAACCAAUGCAAAUUAGUGUCAAAUUGACUUCUGACUUGCCUUACAGUGUGUUUGACCAGUCCAGUGCCACGAUGAGGUUGGUUUAUAAUUGCCUGCGAAUUGCAAUCGAUUGGUUUUGCACUGUCAGUGCACACUUCCCUGUUUGAUAUGCAGCCUGUGAAGUUUGCUGAAAUACUGGGUGUUAUGAAAAGGACGGUAGGCAGGAUGUGAUGUCACUGGAUUGCAGUACAGUCAGAUCGAAGGACUUCAGAUGCAGAAAACACAAAAAUGAGAGCACUGGGUGUUCUGCUCAUCUUUAUGCUUCAGACUUAUUAGAAAGUUGCUCCGUGUCAGUAAAAACAUUCUUUGUUUGGAAAAAUUUAAAGGGACAGUUCAUUCAAAAAUCCAAAUCUGAAUGAUAUUUUGACGAAUGCUUCAACUGUUGCUUACACUAUGAAAGUCACCGGGGUUCAAAGUAACUUUUAAUCCCUCAUUUAAAUUUAAUCAAAAAAUAUUUUUGAUAAAUAAUGGCAGAAUGUUCAUUUUUGGGUGAACUAUCCCAGCCAAAGAGGCUUUUGAGAAACAAUGAAUUAUGUCCAUUACAGCUACGAUGUCUCCCGUUUGUCAUGAAGAUGCUCCUUUUUGUACACAAGGGCUAUAACUAUGGCCUUUACUCAUACCCUGAUACGAAUGCCUUUGUGUGUUCUGUGCAUACGUGGAUUUUUCUAUUAGCAGUUCAGCACUUUAUUUACAAGAACAGUCAGUAUCAAAAACUAAUCUGUGUUAAAUGUAUAUUCUAAUGUGCCUGACUACAUGCAUGCGUCCUUGUGUGAGUAUGCAUACAGGUGCUUGUCGUGAGUGUGUGUGCAUUUUUGAAUGUUUAUGUAUACCUGUGUGAGACGGCUACUGAUGAGAGUAUAUGAAGGCUCCGUCUUUAUAACCUGAACCUGUCUGGCCUUUUAAUGACCGUGAAAUGCAUCUAGCUCUUGUGUCAUGAAUUGUGUAGCUCCAUUCGUCUUUGCCCUUGUUCAUAAACCAACACAGAUCCAUCAGAGAGAAGGUGAAAGGAUGAUUUAUUUUCCCAUUGAAGUGAUUCAUAUUCUCUUGAGAUGAAUAUUGUGUCACUAGGCUGUUGCUGCAUUAACCAGAAGAGCGUCUGUGCGAUGUAGCGUGAAAGCUGCGCCCAGAAAUUGUUGCUGUGGUAUGAGCCGUUUUAGAAGUAGCAAAUAAGCAAAGUCAUGAUAAACGGUGACCAGCACUUAUUUUUGCAACCAGAAACACGUGGAGAAGGAAAACGGGCCGUUCACACAGAAUGCAUUUUUGCGUUUAAAAACACAAGAUGCUUGGUAAUGGAAUGGAAAAAAAUGCAAGGUCUAGAGAUGUUUUUUUUUUUUUAAGCUUAACCUCUUUUAGCACAGCAUUUUUAAAAUGCUGUGUUGUGCAAAAUGCAACAAAAGGCUCAAGUAAAAGACUCUCUUUUAACUUAAGCACUGCAAAAGACAGUUCAUGUACGAUGUUGCAGAAGAUGGGAAACGCAAGCAGAACGAUCAGAGAUGCCCAUCUAUCACAUUUAUAAAGAAAACCAGUGAAAAGCAAUAGUUACAGUGAAACACAAAACAUGUUUUUCAUUCAAAAUCAUGAGAUGCCAGACAAAUGGAAGUGAAAUGAAAAAAAAAAGAAAGGUCUAGAGACUUUUCAGAGACACUUAAAGGGAUAGUUCACUCAAAAAUGAAAUUUCUGUCAUUAAUCACUCACCCUCAUGUUGUUCCAAAACCGUAGGACCUUUGUUAAUCUUCAGAGCACAAAUUAAUAUAUUCUGGAUGAAAUCCAAGAGCUUUCUGACCCUGCAAUGGAACUACCACGGUCAAGCCUCGUAAAAGGUACUAAGGACAUAAUGUAUGUGACAUCAGUGGCUCAACCGUAAUUUUCUGAAGUUACAGGAAAACUUUUAUGUGUGUAGAAAACAAAAAUAACGACUUGAACGUCUUGAAUGUGGUAGUCGUGUUGCCGUCUAUGCAGGGUCAGAAAGCACUCGGAUUUAAUCAAAAAUGUGUUCAUUUGUGUUCCUAAGUUAAACAAAGAUCUUAUGAGUUUGUAAAGACAUGAGGGUGAGCAAAUGCUAGCCGUAGAGCAGUGGAAUGAAAAAGAGUAAGGUCUAGAGUGGCAUUUUUUAAAAGUCAAACUUAACUUGAGCGCUACAUUUUUAGAACGCAAGACGUGAGAUGUAGCAUAUAUUUACAAAAGAAAAACAGUGGAAAAACGCGUUCUAUGUGAACGGCCUUCCAGUUUUAACAGCACCAGCAGACAACAAUGAUGUCACAGAUUGAUGAUGUCAUCAAAGACUGGAACUGAUGAAGUGAUUGACAUGUUGUCAGUUGGCUCAUAAUGAUGAUUUACAAGGCAAAUAUAUCAGAAAAUGAUUGCACGGUGGGUGCUUUAUUUAAUUAAAGAUCGUAAUGAUACAAUUGCAUACUGUAGAUAUUAAAAGUAAACUAUUAACAAAAUAUGUUGUUUGUACUGAUGUACCACUGUUUAAGAAAUAAACGGACUGUUUGAAAUCACAGUACAGCGAACAGGGGAGCCUGCCAAGAGCUGAUGUCACUGAGAAAGACAACAGAUGAGGUCAUAUCCUGGCACCACCGGGAUUUGACCUACAGCCUCAAUUCCUCAAGUGGAAUUUUAAGGAACUCUAUAAAUGAUUUCUGCUAGACUGUGAACUGUCUGUUUCUCAAUUUCUGUGCUAAUCUACUCACCUCAAAGACAUUUACAGAAUCUCAAAAGACUUUUCUAUUUUAAACAUGACCAUGUUCAGAGUUUAACAAUUGUUUUCUUUUUUGUAUUGCACUUAAGAGGAAGGACUGCUCAGAAAGUUUCUUUGAGAACCUCUUGAUUUUCUUUCAGCACUUGAACUCUUUUUUUGACUGUACUCAACCACGAACCAUUGCACGGAGCUGAACUAACACUCAUGUUCUGCUGCAGCGCAGAACUGGAACAAUAAGACUGGUGAUAACCUAAACUAUACCGUUGUGUGUGGAAAUGACUGUGUUGAUGUACUAUGGUAUUUAAGUGAAUAAACAACUGUAAAUCCCA